AUGCCUCCUCAAAUAUCAUAAUCAAGUGUUCGUCAUCAAGAGGUAAUUGAUGUGGACAAUCCAAAUUAAGAUAGCAGAGCUUCAUCUUCUUCUAAUUAACUGCCACAAGAAAAACAGAGUUUGGUUCCUAAGUAAAAACCAGCCCUUAGGCAAAAGCUAGAUGUAUUGAGAUUUUAGUAUAAUGCUCUAUUCCAAUAAGAUUUGAAGAACUUUUUGCCAGAUGCUAAAAAAUUCGUUGCCAACCCAAUUCUUAUUUCUCAGAAGAACUAAGAUUAAAUAUUACUAUCUCGUGAUUUUGAUCCCUUUUCAAGACCAUAAAUAAGAGAAAGCUUGUUGACAACUCUGAGACAAGCUCAGUAAAUUGAGGAUUUGGAUGUGAGAUUAUAAUCUUGCAGUCACUUUUCUGAAAUUUAGAAUGAUAUGUUCAAAAGUAGAGGCACUUUGGACUUUGCUUAGAUAAGCUCGAGUGUUUCAUUUAUUGAGAAGUCUACCCUUAAUACAGAUGUUUUUUAUGGACUUUUGGUCAAUGAUUAAUAAAGACUUAGCGAAUUUGCAGAACACACAAUCUACAGUCUAGUGGUACAAAAACAAGAGGACAUUGAAUAUCCAUGCUUGUUUCAACUCACUCUUGAUAAUUAGCAAGUGGACUACACCUUUGGGACAAAAUUGAGUGAGGUUAAGGACUUGGAUGCCAAGUUUGUAUAUUAAGACUUCAGAGAUAAAACUGGUUCAUUUGCUGUUCAAAGGAACAAACUCCUUUCACUUGAUUAAAUUAGGAAAAUAUCUAAUGUAGUAAAAUAGGAGACUACAUUUGGCUUAAUGCUUUACUAUGGAGGAACGCAAAUCGAAGCAAAGAACAAAACAUUUCAGGAAUAUGGAUAUAGAACUCAUCUGCUUCAGCAUAUUAUAGUGGGCCUCAAAACAUUACAAUAAAAGGGAAGUAUGGAUUAAAUUAUCGUGUGCAGUGAUUUAAAAUAGCCAAAUCCACCUGAAUUAAUACUAUUAGAAUAGCUUUAUGAGGAAAUGAUUAAAACUGAGAAUCAAAGUGACUUCUUAUAUGGAUAGCUUUUACCACCUCAUGUCUUAGAUCUAGAAGAUAAAUUCGCCAAAUAUAUCAAAAAUAUAAAUGAAAGUAUUGCUAUUUACAGAUAGGAGUAUCUUAAGCAAGCAAUAGAGCAACUAUCAGCACCUGAGCAAGCAUUAAAAAAUGUGAAGAUAGAAUGCCUCAAAGCUUGGGGAUUAUUACAGGACGAAAAAGGUAAAGUAUCAAGCAGAAAUACAGAGGAUGAGUUUCUGAAUAAGUAAUUACCUGAACAAAGAAUGGGUAAUAAGUCAGUAUGGAAUCCGAAGCAUACCUAAAGACCACAUGAUAAAAAUAGAAAUCCAGAACCUAAUAUUCCUAUGGCAUCAGAAGAUGAAAUGGCUCGAUUAGUAAGAGCCUAGGAUAAAGCCUCAGAGGAGCUAUUAUCAGUUAUAAACAAGCCUAAAUACCAAAAUAAAGCGAAAAUUGAGGAGUAAAGGAAAUAAAGACACUAAGAAGAAUAAAGAAUAUAGAAGGAAUUAGAAGAGCAAAAGAGGAAAUAAGAUAUUGAGAGACUUAUGGAAAAGAUUAAGGGAGGUGAUAAAAAAGCAGCUGCAAAAAAAAAGUUGAAAGAGCCUAAACCAGAAGACAAUAAGAAGGAUGCAGAGAAGUUCGAUUAUCAUCAAAACAGAGGAGAGAACAAUAGAGAGGAAAAUAAGCAGAGAAAAGAGGAAUAUCAAAAAUAAUCAAUAAUCUCUAUUCGAAAAGAUACAGUCAAUGAAAGAAAGCCAGAGCUUUUGACUAAGAGACCAGCUGAACAUAUUUCGAAAGAAUAUUAAUAUGAUAAAUACGAGAGGGGAUAAAAAAGAAUUAGAGAGUAGGAAGGUAAUGAAAAGAAGAAUUUACUAGAUAGUAAUGAAAUAGAGUCAAAAGAGUUCAUUUAAGAUAGAAACAGAAAGAUAUAAGAAUAAAUUGAGGCUAAUAAGAGAAAAUAAGAUAAUGAUAAAGAAGAAUUCCAAACUCUUUUCAGCAUCAUAAGUGGACAACUCGAAUAUGACAAUGUCGCUUAAAUUGCAACUAAAUAUAGAAAACCCAAUAUGAAACUAUUUCAAAACAUUUAAGCUUUGUCGCCCAGAAACAGGCGAUCCUCAUCUCCUAGAAAAUCGAUUUCACCAGAGAAUAGUCCAAGGACCAAGAUUCAAAACCUGAUUGGGAAGUAGCAAUAAAGUUAGAACUCUGAAAUGGAGAAAUAAAUGAGAAUGUCUACAACUAAAAUUAAUUUUAAUAAGGAAGCUAUAUCUGAUUCUCCUGAAUAAAAUCAACCAUCUUCUUUAUUUAAAAGAAUAUUCUGCAUGAGUCCAAAGAAUAGUAAGCAAAAUCUAAGGCCGUAGAAAUAGGAAUAAAUACAGUCCUCAUAAAAUUAGGAUUUAUUAAGAGAUACUAGUAAUUCUAUGCUUAGAGUUAGAUUUGAUUCUGUUGAUUAAUAUUCGACUUUUGCAAAAUAAGAUAGAUCACCUAGAAAACUGAAAUUAAGAAUUAAUCCAACAGAGCUGAUGAUUCAAGAGGAGACAAAGUAGCCUAAUGUUGAUUCAAAUUAGAAAUUACAACAAUAAAAAAUUGAAAUUAAUUAAAAAGAUUAAAAUGAUCAUGAAAUGGCAAAUGAUUAUGCUGAAGCUAAUACAUAAAAAGAGCAUAUUUAAAUUUAAGAUUAGUUUUAAGAAGAUAAUCAAGUAGUUGAGAGCAUAGUUAUAGAAAUUGGAAAAAAUGACAUUAAUAUAGAUUCCACAAUAGCAAAAAUAUAAUCAGAAACAAAAUUAGAGAAAAUUGGUUCUCUUAAGUUAGAGACUAAAAUCACCAAAAUAAAGAAAAUAAAACCAUAACCUAUUCAAGAUCUUGAGAAUAAGAAAUAGCAAUCUUAAAAAUCUCCUCAUAGAUAAAUAAGAAGCUAAAGUUAUUAGAUUGAUGAAAAUUAAUUGAUUAAAACAGAUCAGCCUAUAGCAAACCAAGAAUUAUAAGAUGAAAUUACUGAACCUCUUCUUGUUAGCUAAACUUAGAAGCUAAUGCUAAAAUAGAAAUAGCCUGGGACUUUUAAACUUAAAAAAGAAACUAAAAAUAGCAGUAUUCUAAUGAGUGAAAUGAGUGAAUCAACUGAGUAUAAUACAAUUAAUAAUGUUAAAAACCAUAAGUAUAGUAAUAGAUCAAGCAAGCUUAGUUUGCUCACUAAUAAAAUGCAAUCUUAUCCACAAAAAUAAAUCUAAGAUGGAAAGUUACUAUUAGCAUAGCUCGGCUAUUAUGAGUCUCAGAACGAGACCAGAAAUAAAACAGCAUUUGAAAACAAAAGAAUAGCGAUGAGCUAAUCAGUUUAACCUUCAGCAAAAUUAGAAAGGCUUAAAAUACAGAAGAUCAUUGAAUAGUAAAAACAAUAAAAAAACUUAUCAGCUUUAAAGCUUAAUAGCAAAUUAGAAAAUAAUCUCUUUCACAAAGUUGAAACUUAAGAUGCAUAUAGCACCAGAGGAAGAUGCAAAAGUGUGCUGAAACCGAUGGCAACUCCAUAUAUGAGCAUAAAAUAAUUGCCAAACAUUGCAUCAAGAAAUAAUAAUAGUAUAACAGUUUAGCAAAUUUCAAAUGAUCCACAACAAUAAGAUUUAUUAGAUGAUAACUAGCUACAAAGUGCACUUGAUAAAUAUCUCUAAGAUAGAAAUAUUUCCCCAUUAUCUAAACAAAAGAUCAAUUAGACCUUCGACUUGAGUUCAUCUGGUACUACACCAUCUUCUAUAGAUGAUAGUAAUUUUAAGAUUCAGUUGAAAUAAUAUCUAUUGGAGUAGAGUUCUUCUUAAGACUAGAAGAUCCCAGUCUCAUUAAUGAAUGAGAUAAUGAGAAUAACUAUUUUCAAAAAGAUGAAUAAAUAAAAUAUCAAACUCUUGAUAUCUCAUGCAUUCUCACUAGUGAACUUCAAAAAAGGUAAAAUAUUAUACAAAGAAGAAGAUGAAUCUAAGUCGAUUUAUAUUGUCAUUUCCGGUUGUCUAAGCUUUUGGAAUAGAAAGAAUGGUUAAAUUGGGAAAGUUAUUUCAGGAUUUACAGCAGGUGAGGAAUGCUUGCUAGAUAAAAAUUAUGUUUGCAGACUGGAAAAUUGCCAUGCGGAUGAGGAAUCCUGCAUUUUUUAGAUAGAUAAAGAUUAAUGGGUGAGCUUUAAGAAAUCAGUGGAUCCAAAAGAAUCUCUGCUUCUAAAGGACAUAGCUCUAUUAGAGUCUGCUUUCAAUCGUAACUUUAUUAUUAAGAAAGGUUGGAAAAAUGGAGGAUUUACCAAGUUAAUCCAAGGAAAAAAGAUUCAAGAUUUUCUUAACAAUACAUACGAGCUGUGA